CUUUGUGUGAGUCGAAUGUGUUGCUGACCGGAAGCUCCUGGGUGGCGGCCUGCCGGCUGCGGGCCGGCGCCGGAAGUGAAGCGUUCUGUGCUGCCACGUCCGAAGCCGUGAGUCGCCGCAGCAACAGCUAUGGUGUCAGUAAUCAACACCGUGGACACCUCUCAUGAGGACAUGAUUCAUGAUGCCCAGAUGGACUAUUAUGGCACCCGCCUAGCAACCUGCUCCUCGGACAGGUCCGUCAAAAUCUUUGAUGUGCGAAAUGGAGGGCAGAUCCUCAUUGCAGACCUUAGAGGACAUGAGGGGCCAGUAUGGCAAGUAGCCUGGGCCCACCCCAUGUACGGCAAUAUCCUGGCCUCCUGUUCCUAUGACCGGAAAGUUAUUAUCUGGAAGGAGGAAAAUGGCACUUGGGAGAAGACUCAUGAGCACUCAGGACAUGACUCCUCAGUGAACUCUGUAUGCUGGGCCCCUCAUGAUUAUGGCCUGAUUUUGGCCUGUGGGAGCUCGGAUGGGGCCAUCUCCCUGCUGACCUAUACAGGGGAAGGCCAAUGGGAAGUGAAGAAGAUUAACAACGCUCACACGAUUGGCUGUAACGCCGUCAGUUGGGCCCCUGCUGUUGUGCCUGGAAGCCUCAUAGACCAACCAUCAGGGCAGAAGCCCAAUUACAUCAAGAAGUUUGCAUCAGGUGGCUGUGACAACCUCAUCAAGCUGUGGAGGGAGGAGGAAGAUGGCCAAUGGAAGGAGGAGCAGAAGCUAGAGGCACACAGCGACUGGGUUCGAGACGUUGCCUGGGCCCCCUCCAUUGGCCUGCCCACCAGCACCAUUGCCAGCUGCUCUCAGGAUGGUCGAGUAUUUAUUUGGACCUGCGAUGAUGCUUCAGGCAAUAUGUGGUCACCCAAACUCCUGCACAAAUUCAACGAUGUCGUGUGGCAUGUGAGCUGGUCUAUCACAGCAAACAUCCUAGCUGUGUCAGGUGGAGACAAUAAGGUGACCCUAUGGAAAGAGUCGGUGGAUGGACAGUGGGUGUGCAUCAGUGAUGUCAACAAGGGCCAGGGUUCCGUGUCAGCCUCCAUCACAGAAGGCCAACAGAAUGAGCAGUGACAACACAGGUGGCCUGGUCUUAUUUCUAGGACUGCCUAUUUUGGAACAACAUCCCAACAACUGGGAAGAAGGGUCCUAAUGCUACCAAGAUUCCUCACCCUGGGAGUACCCACAGAUGGAACACUGGGUGCUCACCUGCCUUACUGGGAUUUCCUGUGUUUAAUUUAAUGUCCAUCUGAAAAGUAUUCAUGCUAGGAACAAAUGACUAUUAUUUUUAAAUAUUUUUGGCCAUUUUUAACUAUCUUUUGGUUCAGGCUGUUUCCAAGCUAAUAAAAUCAUAUUGCAUAGAAA